GACUGAAAGAGAGAGGAGGCACACAACUCGAAGAGGAUCUGGGAAGCGGUGCAGUGCAGAGCCGAGAGCAGAGCUGCCGCUGAGAAAAGCCCAGGCCUUUGCUUCUCCAUCAGGCUCCUCAGAUACACUGGGAGGAAGGCUGGGAUCUGCCUUCACCAGGGUCCCUGAUGGCAGAGUAUCUCUUCCCCCAGGCCCUCACCAUGGCCAAGUCCCCCAACUGCUGCUCCGUCUGGGCCCGCAGCAUCCACUGCCUGUAUAGCUGCCACUGGAGGAAGUGUCCCAAGGACAGGAUGAAAACCAGCCAGGUGGAGUAGGGAUGGGGGCACCUGAAGUCCAAGGCAGAGGCCUCGUGAAGGGGAGAAGGAGGCUAAGGAGGCCACUGCGCUCAGAGGCAGCUGGGGGUGGAGGGAAGGGGCUUUCUCUCCCCAGGAAGAAAAUCUCUCUCAAAUAUGGAAAGAGCUGCUGGCAGAGCAGAGCAGCCCAACGCCUGGCAGGAAGUCCCUUUAAGCUGCCAUCCGUUGGGGACUUUGAGCUGAAAGUGGGAAUCGGCUGUGAACUUCUCUCCUGCUCCUUUACAGUAUUCCUGUUCCGCCAGUGGGGACACUGGAUGGACUGGUCCCUGGCAUUUACGCUUUUUGUCUCUCUACUGGUCACAUAUGCGUCCCUGCUAUUGCUCCUGGCUGUGCUCCUGUGGUUCUGUGGCCAGCCUCUACACCUGCACAGUGUCCACAAGGUGCUGCUGCUCCUCAUUGUACUUCUUGUGCUCGCUGGACUCGUGGUACUGGAUGUCCAAUGGCAGGAGGAGUGGCUUAGCCUACGUCUGUCACUGUGGGCCACAGCCCCGUUCCUUCACAUUGGAGCUGUUGCUUUCAUCACCAUCCUGGCCUGGCCUGUGGCUGAUAACUUCUACCAUAUCCACAAAAUAGAGCUCGCCCGCUGCCCCUUCUCCACAGCUGGUCCCCCACUCCUCACAGGCCACAAGAUUGUGCUACUGUUCGUGUAUUUUACAAUUGUCCUGGCCAUCUACCUGUCCCCCCUAUGCAUCUCCUCAACCUGUAUCAUGGAACCCAGAGACGUAUCCCCCAAGCCUAGGCUGGUUGGACACCGCGGGGCCCCCAUGCUGGCCCCUGAGAAUACCCUGAUGUCCCUUCGGAAGACAGCAGAAUGUGGAGCUAAUGUGUUUGAGACCGAUGUGAUGAUCAGCUCCGAUGGGAUCCCUUUCCUCAUGCAUGAUGAGCACCUGAGCAGAACCACAGAUGUGGCCUCUGUGUUCCCAACCCGAAUUACCGCCCACAGCAGCGACUUCUCCUGGGCUGAACUGAAGAGACUCAAUGCUGGGGCCUGGUUCCUGAAGAGGCCACCCUUCUGGGAGGCCACACAGCUAUCAGGACUUGAUCGGAAAGAGGCUGAGAAUCAGACAGUACCAACAUUGGAAGAGUUAUUGAAGGAAGCUGCAGUCCUCAACCUUUCCAUUAUGUUUGAUUUGCGCCGCCCACCACGAAACCACACAUACUAUGACACUUACGUGAACCUGACAUUGGAGACUGUGCUGAAUUCAAGGGUCCCUCAAGCCAUGGUCCUUUGGCUCCCAGAUGAAGAUCGGGCUAAUGUCCAACAACGGGCACCCAGAAUGCAUCAGAUAUAUGGACAGUUGGGAGUCAACAGAACUGAGAGACCCCUGUUUCUCAACCUCCCCUAUCAAGACCUACCACAAUUGGAUAUAAAAGCACUGCAUGAGGAUAAUGUCUCGGUGAACCUAUUUGUUGUGAACAAGCCCUGGCUCUUCUCCAUACUCUGGUGUGCAGGGGUGGAUUCGGUCACCACCAAUGACUGCCAGCUGCUGCAGCAGAUGCGUUACCCCGUCUGGCUUAUUCCCCCUAAAACCUACCUAAUGAUAUGGCUCCUCAUUGAUUGUGUCUCCACCCUGCUGAUUUUGUGGCUGUUCCUCCUCCGUGGGAGAUGUGCCGAGAAGAGAGAGAUAACUGGCUUAGAAACAGCUGUGCUGCUGACCAGGAUCAACAAUUUCAUAAUGGAGUGAAUGCCCUGCCCUAGGCCCCCACCAGCCAGAGUCUGAGGCCUGUCUACAUCUGUCAACAGCAAGGAAGGGAGCAUGGCUACAGUGGAAUGGUGGAGUGAACUUUGAAUUAUGAGGGAAAUGGUGGAUAUGCCCCAAGCUUCUAUGGAAUCUUCUCCCCUUUGGGUUUUGACCUGAGGUGGUGGUGGAAAACAGUAAAUCAUGAGAAAUGUCUCCCAGAAUAAAACGUUCUAGAACAGGGGAGAUUGCCAAGAAAAUGUUUCAGACUUGUGUGCACAUGUUCUUGUGUAGAAAGCACAGGGUGUAUCAGGGAUGGAACAGCUUGGAACAGUGACUGAAGGAGAGAUGAAAACGGCCUUCCUGGAGAACCCACCCCACUCCAUUCACUGUGUCGCCCCAACCACUGCAAUUUAGCUGCUUUCCUGCAUAGAGGCUGGGAGCUAAAGAGCCCAUCUAGCCAUGUAGUUCUAUGCCUACAGGUGGCUUUUUACUGCGUACAGCCUUUUUCUUCAAGACACGUUGGUUCAUGUUUCUUGUCUAUUAAUCCUUUUCUGAAUGAAUUUAAUUUCCAUUUG